UCCAAAAACAUAAUAUAAAUUAAAAAUGUAUCAUUUAUUCGACAAAACUCAUUCAUCUAUCGAACAGAAAAGGUAGAAUUAACGUUGAACUUGUUCAAUUGUAUAUCGUAGCGUAAAAUUGACAUCGUAAUAACAAAUAACCUAUAUAUUAUUGUUACGGGUCGAGUUGUGCCAAGAAAGAGUAUUCGUUCCACACUAUCGAUCCAUUCUCCGCGCAGAUUUUCCGCGCCGCAGACCUUUGGGGUCCUCCCACAAAACCGAUACACCUCACAGAGAGCAUCUCUCAUAAGAAAAAACCAUUUUAAAAUGGUUAAAAUCCAAUAAAACUUCUAAAAAAAGCCAAAAAUUGGCAUCAGUGCAAUAAAAUAAAGAUCCGAGAAUCGGGGAAUGAUAUUAAAAUCAAAAUGGCUGUCAUCGAAAAGCCAAUUUAAAAUGUAACAUAAAUUUAAAGGUGAUAGUGAAAAGAAGUCUUCCAAAUUAGAUUUAAAUUAUUGUUAUAAUUAAUGUUAGUAUUAAAUCGACGUCUUCCAAAAGUCAAUUUAUAAAAUAUAAGAAAAUUCAGUGGAGUUUUAUAUAUUCUUAUUGAAAAAUAUAUAUUUAAAGUAUAUCGCGGUAACAAAAGUGGCAAAGAUGAUGAAUCUAGGCCGUAUUAAGAUGCCUCCUUUGAAAAACGUUCUGGACGUGGCGAUGCAGACAGUAAGGCAGCAGAUUCCUGACAAGCCGGGACAAUCCUCGCGGCCCCCUCAGAAUGUCAGAUUUGCAAACCUUGACAUGGGUGAAAGCUGCGAGUUAUCGACUAUGAAUGAGACCACAUCCCCAACUUACCAGUCGACGAAUCCAACUAACCCGUUCCUCAGCGGAGAACUUCAGGCUGAGGACUCUUUCACCAGUUAUCAGAACACUUACCCACAACAAGAUGGUGCACCAAGAACUCAAAGCAUGCAGAGUGUGGAUUUCUAUGCAUCAUCCGAAGAGGGGGGUUUUGAAGAGGGUGGUGGAAAACCAGGUGCUAAGAUCAACGAGUAUCAAGCUGCCUGGAACGUCACUAAUGCUAUCCAAGGUAUGUUUGUGGUGUCACUGCCUUUUGCUGUACUCCAAGGAGGCUACUGGGCUAUCGCUGCAAUGAUCGGCAUCGCACACAUCUGCUGCUACACCGGGAAAAUCUUAGUCGAAUGCCUUUACGAAGAUGAUCCUGUAUCAGGCCAACGCGUGAGAGUCCGUGAUUCUUACGUCUCGAUCGCUAAAGAAUGUUUCGGUAGAAAAUACGGAGCGAGAAUAGUUAAUAUAGCUCAAAUCAUCGAACUUCUGAUGACUUGUAUCCUUUAUGUUGUUGUCUGCGGUGAUUUGAUGAUUGGAACCUUCCCCGAUGGUUCUAUAGAUACACGUUCUUGGAUGAUGUUGAUAGGAAUAUUCCUUCUGCCACUAGCUUUUCUGAAAUCUUUGAAAAGCGUCAGUAUGCUGUCCUUCUGGUGCACCAUGAGCCAUUUGAUUAUUAACGCGAUCGUACUUGGAUACUGCAUUCUUAACAUUGGAGAUUGGGGCUGGUCAAAGGUAAAAUGGAAUUUGGAUUUCGAGAAUUUCCCAAUCAGUUUGGGUGUGAUCGUUUUCUCAUAUACUUCACAGAUAUUCUUACCCACUUUGGAAGGUAACUUAGAGGAUCGUUCCAAAUUCGAAUGGAUGUUGAAUUGGUCGCAUAUCGCAGCUGCCGCUUUCAAAUCGAUCUUCGGAUACUUAUGUUUUUUGACAUUCCAAAAUGAUACCCAGCAAGUGAUUACCAACAAUCUACGUUCGGCUGGAUUUAAAGGGCUGGUGAACUUCUUUCUUGUUAUAAAAGCGGUGCUUAGUUACCCGUUACCUUAUUAUGCUGCAUGUGAUUUGCUAGAACGAGCUCUGUUUCGGGGCAAACCUAAAACACUUUUCCCUACGAUUUACGCUUUGGAUGGUGAGUUGAAAGUUUGGGGUCUAGCUUGGCGAUUAGGUGUUAUAGUAGUUACAGUUCUGAUGGCGAUUUUCAUUCCCCACUUCGCUAUAUUGAUGGGUUUCAUCGGCAGCUUCACCGGUACCAUGUUGAGUUUCAUAUGGCCUGCAUAUUUCCAUCUUAAAUUGAAGGGCAAUCAACUGGAAAGUACUACUAUCGCUUACGAUUAUUUUAUAAUCGGUCUUGGUGUUCUUUUCGGUAUUAUUGGCAUGUACGAUUCAGGCUCUGCUCUCGUCAAAGCCUUCAAGAUUGGUUUGCCAUUUUAAUUACAAAACAGUUAAUAUCGUAUAGUAUUAAGUUGUUGAACUAUUACUAGACGCUGUAUUUCGUUUCCAAGAUUGUCGUUUAAAGUUAUUGUCUAGACAAAAGUGAUUUAAUGUUUAUAUCUUAGCUUAGACUUAUAAGAAUGACAAUAAUAACUGUUGUACUUGAUAUUUGAAACAUGUCUUCCAAUUUAUAGAUGUAUGUAUAUAAAAUUAAAAUUAUAAUUGUACACGAAAAUUAUAAAUAAUCCAAUGUCUUCCAAAAGUCAGUGUUAAAUCCAAUUUCCAGUAAGGGCCGCGCGACUUUGGCAGCGAUUCGCUGGUUUAUCUCCUAUUUCCACUAUCGCGGGAGUAAGUACGUGGUAAUCGCGCGGCUAUUUGUUUAAUGGAAAUAAGCAUUAAUUGUCCUUUGACAACGAAGUCUUCCAGUUGAAAAAUAUAUGCUAUAUUUAAUGGUAUUUUAGUCAAAUUACAUAUAGUAAAUA